CGCCGGCGUCUCCUCAGGUGCGUUUAGUUUGAUCAUGGCGGGGCCGCGGCAGGGGGCACCUGCUCUCUGCCCAGACACUACUUGAGAAGCGGCUGUAAAUGAAAACAAGUCGACGCCAAGAAGAGGACAAAAGUGGACCACCGCAGAGACAGUUUACGAACUAGGAUGUCAGCGCACAGUUUAUGUUUUCUCGGUCCUCUCCGUGAUUUGUGAAACUACUGGAUUUGUCGCUCCUGAUCUCCUGUCAUGUCGUUACUGUGCGUCAGAGUUAAAAAAGCCAAGCUCCAGGGACCUCCGGAAAAGUUCAACAGCUACGUGACGCUGAAGGUUCAGAAUGUCAAGAGCACGACCAUCACGGUGCGAGGGGACCAGCCCGGGUGGGAGCAGGACUUCAUGUUUGAGAUCAACCGUCUGGACCUGGGUCUCAUCGUGGAGGUGUGGAACAAGGGUCUGAUCUGGGACACCAUGGUGGGCACCACCUGGAUCCCCCUGGACACCAUCUGCCACUCAGACGAGGAGGGGUCGGGGGAGUGGAUGCCCCUGGACGCGGAGGUGCUGAUGAAGGCGGACGAGAUCUACGGCACCAAGACCGCCACGCCCCACCAGCUGCUGCUGGACACCCGCUUCGAGCUGCCCUUCGACAUCCCAGAUGAGGAGGCAGAGUACUGGACUGGGAGGCUGAAGGACAUCAACACCAUGCCUAUCCAUGAGGAGUACCCUCUCCAGGAGGACGUGUCUGGUCGACCGCUGCAUCUCGCCGCCUCCCAGUGCUCGCUGGACGAGCACGACAGCGCGCAGGACGACCAUGACAGCGACUACCGCAGCGAGACCAGCAGCAGCGCGCCGCCGCCCCGCUUCCACACCACGGCCCAGCCCAACUCGUCACUGCACCAGUACCCCGUGAGGCCGACCGUGAGGGCGGCCCCGAACCACCACCACCACCAGCACCACCUCAUCCAGCAGCAGCAGCCCCCCCAGCAGCAGCAGCAGCAGCAGCAGCUCCAUCCCGGGGUGAACCCGCGGGAGCCCUGUGCCGACUCGGUGCACAGCUUCGACAUGGAGUACCGGGAGCCAACGGGGAGCAGAUUGUUAAACCAGAGAGGCAGGGUUAGGAUAAUCCCGGUAGACUCGGGCACGGGGGUGGACAAAUUGCAGAACAAAUACAUACGGCAGACAAAGCCUCAGCUGAGGGACUUCCUAGACGACGAGGAAGAGGACACGGUGAUCCUGCGCAUGGCUCGAGCCUGCGCCGAGUCCCAAUGCAGCGCCGUCGAUCAAACCGACCCCAAACAUAGCGGCGUCCCCCCUCGCCCGGUCGAGGCCCCCUACCCGGAAGGCUACCACACUAUUGACCGACGUCGGCGGAGGAAAAAGUCCCGGGACCCCGAAGGGUUGUUGGCCGUAGUCCCAGAGAAGCUCAGAGAAACCAGCCCAGACCGGGAUGUCCUGCAGCAGAAGAGGGGCGAGAUGGUUAUGAUGAAAGUGGCAGAGAUCAAGGAGGAGGAGGAGCAGAUGACCCCGUGUCUCCGGCCGUACGGGAACAGGCUUCUGUACCAGACCCGGAUGUGGGCAAAGAACGAGCUGGAGCACACGUUGGAGAACUACAUGGCUUAUAAAGAGCAAGAAGCUGCCAGACUCAGGGCAGGGUUCAGCUAUGAGGACUUUGAAGGCCCGAACAGGCACUACCCAAUUGAAAUGGAUAUGGAAGCCAUUGACUUUUUGGCAGAUGACCUCCAGUUGUCAAACGACAGAGGUCAUGGCCUGGACAGGUAUUCUUUAUCGUUUGGACAUCCCGCAGAUGCUCCGCAUUGCCAUCUGGAUAAGAGGGCAGGUAAAGGCAAGCUGGGAGGAUGGACUCCGGAGGCCCUGCUGUCUCCGUUGGAGGAGCCUGGCGACGAAUUUGUGGACCCAAUGGAUGAGCUGCAAUGUCUAGUCGAAACCGUUUCAGAGUACCUCGCGGAAAAAGAGGAAGAAAUUAGCAAGUACGGUUCCCUCCCAAGAACGAGCAAAUCCAGACUGUCAGUCGGAAGCAACCGGACCGACUCCCUUGGAGAUGAACCAAACGGCUCGCCGAAAGAUCUCAAAGCUGAGACUCAAUCGCAGGCAAACUCUGAGCCAGGAAUUUCAGGUGUUAAAAACGUUGUGAGCUCUUUGUUUAGUUCCAUCACAGAUAAAGUUAGUUCCGGUCCAAAACUGCAGGUAUCUGGUUCUGUAGCACCGCAAACUGCUCAGCCCCCACAACCAUCUAGUAUCUCCAGAUUUUUCUCCUUUAUUCCAAAAUCAACCAGUGCAGCUCCAGUAGCUAUGGUAUCCCCAGUAGAAAAUUCUCCAGACAAAUCUGUGAGUUCUCUACCUUCUCAAAGUGACGUAAAACCUCACAUUAAUAAUGACAGAAACAAUGCUAAAGUCAAUUCUCAGAGUGAAAUUAGAUUGGUUGAGACAGUUCAAGAAUUUGCUGAUAAACCUCAGCCUGACACGGGGGGGACUGUUUUGGGGAAAUUGAACCCGUUGAAGCUGUUUUCUGGACCUGAUGCACCAAUGCCAGAUAGAAAACAGCCGCCACUGAAGAAUGGAUUUCAAAACAAUGCACAUGGGGAUGAAAAACGUCUGAACGGAGGCGAACAGACCAGAGGGGAAGAAAAACACAAAGAGACGAUGAAACAAAUUGAUGGAGAAAGAUGGAGGAAUGAGAGACAUAACCAAAUGGCUUGCAAGCAACAACAUUCACAAGGAUCGGUGCCCGGAAAGUCAACUGUGCAUUCCGAACCGGUCAACUCAACCUUCUUUGGCCUGAAGGCUCUAAGCACAUUGUUAACACCUGCAGCACCUAUUCCUCCUCAGGGUCCACCACCAGUGGCAGUCUACCCUGUGUUUAGAUCAGCAGUAGAUGUCCGGACUGUGGAACAGCCAUCCACCUCCAGUAGUAGACCUUUCGGUUCUUCUGGAAAUGUAUCCCAUCCCCAACCCCCCAACGCAGAGGGAGGAAUCCUGUCAGGUUUCCUUAAGUUUGCAUCAAGUGAAGAUGUUAGUGCCCGAAACCCAAAUCCCCCGACUCCUUUACCAUCAGGGAUGUCAGAUCCUUCAACUCAUACUUCUUCUAUUACCGCCCCAACAUCGCAACCACAGGGAAAUACAGAGACUGGUUGGUUCUCAACCAUCUUUAACACAAACUCUGCUCUCUCAACCCAGAACAUUCCCAGUGGUCAACAGCAGACCCAAAUACACCAAAUUCCAGCAGGCUCGCAUUCGAUACCCUCUGCGAACCAUAAACCAUCAGCCACAUCUCACCACAUGCGACAGCAAGCUCCACCACCACCACCUGAAUCCCAAGGUUUUUUAACUGGUCUUUUUAAAGGAAGCUCCACGGAUGACCUGUCUCGUACGGGAACCAAUCAGGCCCAGCAAGGGGGACUUCUAUCUGGGAUUCUUAAGUUUGGAUCAACAAAUGACAUAUCUAACAAUUCAAACUAUCAAGACCCCCUCAGAAAUCAACCGCCUAACAAUCUCCAGCACGUCAACCAACAAACUCUCCCUCAACAAAACCCCCCAGCCUCGGGAGGCUUUCUCUCAGGUCUACUGAAGUUUUCAUCAAAUGAAAAUGUAUCACAAAACCCCAAACCUCCUCAGGGUCCACCACCACGGUCUCCUGUUGGUGACCAACAGGCCACUCAUCCCUCUCCCCCACAACAAGUACCAUUACUACAAGGUGGGCUCUUCUCUGGCUUGUUAAAAUUUGGAUCAUCUGAGAAGGUGACCCCGAGUCCAACAGCUCAGUCUCAACACCAACGGAGUGGUGAUGCACAUUACCAACAGAACGACCAUCAACAAGAAAUUCAAGGUUCAAAUCUUCAUACUCCUUUGAGGGAAAGUCAAACCUUUCUGCAACAAACUAACAAACUGGACUUCACUCGACAACAAACAUUUCCAGUACGCACACCCCCAUCCAACCAGACUGGUCUGUUAUCUGGGCUCUUCAAGUUUGCCUCUGCAGAUGAUGUCUAUGAACAGUCCACAUCCACUCAACAAAGGUCCAUGGCACAAAGUCGUUCCAGCCAGGGCGAACGGAUGGCAACAAAUAAACCAAAAGAUGACAUGGCAGCAAGACAACGUCAACCUAGUAGAACCUUUCCUGCACAGCGACAGGCAGAACUGCAGAUUAACCCCCUCCAAGAUAGUGAGAAUUUUCAGACCCAACAAGGGACUACGAGUCAGCCUGGAAUACUCUCGGGUAUGUUUAACAAGUUGAAUAAACCGACUGAACAUGUUGACGUCCUCGGGCAGGGAUCAGCGGGGCAAGUGCCGCAGCCAAGAUCGAGAAUGAACCUUUUGUCAAGACAGUCCCCGAUUCAAACUCAGGGACCUUCCCUUGAUACCGAUCAGUCUCUUCAACAACAGAAGGUGGAGCAAGACAAUUAUCCUGCACAGCCUGCUAAACAGCUUGGAUUUCUACCAGCGAUUUUCAACAAAAUUGAAUCCAGGGAAUCUUCACAACUUAAUCGAGCAGAAAUGGCAGCUCAUGGUUCAGAGAAAAACAUUGAAAGAUACUCUUCUGGAGUACUUCCAGAAAUAAAUAAACUUGCACCAGAAAUUGCACCAGAAAUAAAUAAACGUACCCCAAAUGCCGCUAAUUCCGAAAAAGAUGACAGACGGAGCAAUGCAUUUUAUUCCAACCAAAGCAGACAUGCUUUGGUAAGAGCCCCUGUUUCAAUUGACAGAGAGAGUCUGGACCUAAGGACCUCAGCCACUUUUUCUAGAUCUCCUCAGGGUCGAGAAACGUACUCCUCAGUCAGCACAGGGAAUUUAGCACAGCUUUCAUACUAUCCAGGAUCCCUUCAUUAUGUUCAGGCAAUGGCGUACAGCACCAGUAAUAUCCCCUGCCUUUCACAGGGCUACUCAAAUCCCGCUCUCGUACCAAUGGAGCAAUGCAUCAGGGGAAGCAGUUCUUCUUUGUAUGAAGGUCAGCUGUCACCGUAUGCAAUAAGCCCCACUUAUGAUGAUGAAAAUCAUUGGAUCCAGCAGUCUGCUCUUUGGCAGCAGUUUCAGAGUGAGUCCCAGAAUUAUCAACAUGUCCCAGACCAAGUUAAUGGACAGUGGAGCCAAAGGGAAUCAUUACAGAACCUCUCUCUCCAGUGUAACCCCUCCAAUAUGAACCAGCUUAAUGCAGCUCAACUGCAACCAAGCCAAGGAGUUAAUUUCCAACCAGAGCAGCAUGAGCUUCAUCAAUUCCAAGGAAGCCAAGGUUUCAAUAAUGACCCAUAUGGCAAAAAAAAACCGUGGAACAGCUAUGACGACUUACAAUAUGCAAACAGGGAGGAGAGUGCAUUAAACUUAACUACAAGAGAGGGUAAUGCCAAACUUGGGAAAUGGCACUCAUUUAAUAAUGAUAGCUCUUACAGUCUAAGUGGAGUUUCAUACCAUGAAGGUUUUUACGAGGAGACCCCACCAAGCCUAUCUUACUCUGCAAAUUGGCAACAUGGAACCAAUGGUUUCCACAAUGUCCCGGCUAAGGGAGUGAUUCAUCAGAGCAAAUAUAAUUCAAAUAAAACAGAGUCAAGUUUCCCUCCACGUUCCUCCAGUGAGAUUGAGGACCCCGCGUAUCUUGAAGAUAUCGAGUGGUACCAGCAAUGGCUUGCAUUGUUGGAGCAAGGCAUGUGGUGGCCAGCAGAGGAAGGUGAUUGUGGCUACUUCGUUUACACCGACCAUGAAUACAUCUACACCUUGCUCACCGAUGCAGCCGGGGAGUUUGUCUACGCCUGCGCCCCUGAAGGAAAGCCUUUGGAAGGUGUGCAGCCAGUGGAGGGCUUUCCUAGCGCUUGGUUGGACAACGAACAGGUGUCGGUGUGUGGCUUUAAAGUUCCCCUGUACAAUGAAGACGAGCUUCUCUGGUUACCCGGACAAGACCAGAAUCAUCCCCAGCUUCUGAAUGCACCAGUAGAUUUAUCAGCUGCAUAUAGAAAGGGAAAUCAGAUCAUGAAUUUGAACCUUGAACGUUUCUCGGAAAUGUUUGAAAAUUCAUUUGCGCCGCAGGGAGAGCUCAUUGGAGACCUGGCAUCGUACAGCUUGAACAAAGUCAGGAUGGAUCCCAGACAGGCGAGAUACAUUAAUCAGGACCCCUACACACAAGUCAUGGACCUCUCCUGUCAAAAUAAACAGUACUCAGGCCCUUGUUGGAACAAUCAAGAAACAAAGAGUCUUCUUGCCCAAAAGGUUGCUGUUUCACUUAGCUCUACCCCUACAGCAUGUCCAAAUCAGCAGUUCCCUAACAACUGUUAUCAACCUGGCCAACGGCGACGGUCAUCUGGUGCUGUGACUGUGAAGCACAUAAAAGAUACAUCAGAGGAGGAAUGGAGGAAGAGAGUUACCCCCGGUCAACAACAGCCUAACCGUGGACACAUAUCCUCUCUCAUAUCAUCCUUUGUGACAAAGUCAUCUCAGCCAGACUCUAGCAUUGUCUCCCAAGAGCAGCAAGGAACAGCAAAAUCGAAAUCCACUGAACAGCCUAAAAGCAUUAUAUCUUUGGGUCUGCAGAGCCUUAGGUCAAAGAUAGUUAAAGAUGAUUCUACUACCCCUGUGGCACAACCACAAAGUGCCGAACAAAAAUCGGAGAUCACAUCUACCCGUCGCUCAAGAAUGUUGCCCACAUCUCCAACAGCUAGUCAAAUUAGUCCAACUCAAGAACCUUCCCAGACUACUGCACAGAAACCUAGACUUGCACGACAGUCCACAAUGUCACAGCAAGCAUCCCCAGUGGUUCAAAAACCGGUCUCUGGACCAUUUGGCUCAAGGGAUUCCCUAAACAAAUCUGGACAACUGACACAGACGCAACCGAAGCCAGCUGAAGUAAUCAAAGUAGAGAAACCAAAGGAACAACCACAAGCAGGAUUUAUGAGCAUGUUCAAGACUGCAGUAGGAAUAGAAGAACCCAAACCAGAGCCCCCUGAUCAGCAGAAUAAAAUUGGUUACACUGGUACCUUGCCUGUCACAGCUAACACAGAGGCAACAGGAGUAUCAAAUCUGUUUGGAUCCUUAGGCAGCCUUUUUGGUUCUGACACCUCAUCAACAUCGCAACCCCAACCAAAACCCACUGUACCGGAGAGUUCUUUGACAACGGCAUCUAGACCGAAGGGUUUACAGCGACAACAGACAAUGGAUCAGAGUUCAUCCUCUCGGUCAAAACCGAUUCAGCAACCAAUCAAAAGUGUGUCACAAGUAUUUACUUCUAAUUCUGCCCAAGGUCCUGGGCCAGGCAGAUCCCAAACAAUGCCACCAACAGGACAGACCAAACAAGAACCAGUACCCAAAUCAACUGGUGGACUGUUUGGGUUUUCCAUUGGCGAAAUGCUGUCAGGAACAUCUCCAGCUGCUCAAGCUGGUCCGUCACCUUCAGCGGUUGCAGCUCCAGAGGCUCCACAAGAAGAAUCAAUUGGUAAAAGCUUCUUAUCCUUAUUUACUGGCCCGAGUCCUGCACAACCUGCUUCUAAAACUGGGCCUGCAUCACAAGCACCUUCACCAAAUGAAGCUUCACGGGCUGCUUCACGUCCUGCUCCCCAAGCUGCUUCUCAAGCUACUCCCCAAUCUACUCCCCAAGCUGCUCCUCAAGCUACUCUCCAAUCUACUCCCCAAGCAAAUCAAGAAGAAUCACUCGGCAAAAGUAUAUUAUCAAUGUUCAGUGGUCAGAGUUCCGCCCAGGCUGCGCCAUCAGCUACAACACCUGCUGCAGGCACUAGUCCCCAAGUACCUCCGCAAGAAUCUUUUGGUAAAAGUUUAAUGUCAAUGUUUGGAAACCAAAGUCCCAUCCCGGCCCAAGCUCAAACCAAGCCCAGUGCUGAACUGCCAUCCGAAGGGACCGCUCUGCCCAAGGAGCCGGCCAGUACAGGAUUUCAAUCCAUGUUCAGUGGUCCCCAAACACAGACUGGUUCUAUACUUGGAGGGAUUCUGCCAGGUGCCUCUGGUUCAAGUCAAUCACCAGCAAAGGGAUUGCUAUCAAUGUUUAGUGAGCCACCUCAAACAUCGCAUACCCCACCUCGGCAACAAUGCACGUCUCAAUCACAAAGUGAAACACAAGGUGUACAACAGCCACAACCACAAGGCCAACCACAGGGGCAGCAAGCCAAUUCUGUCCUUGGGGGACUUUUUGGUGGCUUGUCGACUUCCAAUGAAAGUCCAGCGAAAAGUUUAUUCUCAAUGUUUGGUGGUCCCAGUCCCGCCAAACCUCCAGCACCUGGAAGCACCGGUACUUCAACUCCGGGAGCAGGCCUAAUGUCCAUGUUCACGUCUACUUUACAACAAACUCCCUCACAAGUAUCAGAGGUGCCAACCACCAGUGAUACACUGGGUAAAAUCUCAACUUCAAAUGAGCCUGGUCUUGCAUCAGUGGAACCACAAGUAACACCGUUAAUUGACUCUACUGGGAAGCAAAUUACAUCUGCCAAUGCGACCACAAUUCAGAAGGAAUCAACCCCAGAGCCCACACCUCAGGAAGGGGUUCCUCAUAAACCACCAACUUCCUCAGAAUUGAAUUCCAUGCUCGGCAGCUCAAGUCUACAGGCCACACAUGUGCAAGCUGGAUCUGGCAUUGAUGUUCCAAAAGCAGGACCAUCGCCUGCAAGCGAGGCACCUAGACCACCAGCCUCAAACGAACCUGCUAAAGGUCUGUUGUCCAUGUUUGGAGGGCCUGCUCCUCAAGCAACCACUCCCCAAACUGGGGGGUCUUUAUUCGGGGGUAUGUUUGGAGGCUCCGGUCCACAGGCAGCCACUCCACAAACCGCUGGGUCUUUGCUUGGAGGUUUGUUUGGGGGAAGUGCUCCAGCUGCUUCCAGUGCUCAAACUGGAGGAUCUGUACUUGGUGGGAUGUUUGGAGGCACCGCGGCCUCCACUGCCACACCACAACCACAGACUGGUGGAUCCAUAUUGGGUGGAAUGUUUGGCGGAGCUACCUCCCAAACAACAGUUCCCCAAACGGCCGGUUCAUUACUUGGGAGUAUGUUUGGGGGUUUGACUUCCCAGCCGGCUCCUCCUGGAGCUCCCUCUGCACCAGGGGAAACCCCUGUUAAAGGCUUGCUGUCAAUGUUUGGAGGACCAAGUCCAUCUCCCACAGUGACUGAACAUCUAAAACCCACUGAGAGCCAAACACCAGAUAUAUCUUCUGUGGGCCAAGAGAAAGACAGUGCACUCAAACAACCUGACACUGAAACUGCAUUACAGGCAGCAAACUCAACUAAACCUGAGAGUAACAUUUCUAUUGUUCAGGAUACUGACAAGCCACCUGAAUUAACCGUUGAUGGUCAAUUUAAAGAUGUACAUAUUGGUACAGCAACUGAACAACCAGUCAAGCCAGAUGAGCCAACUAAACCAGAACCAAUGGUAGACCUAAGAAGCGAGAAUCAAUCGCCAUCAAAAUCCAACGAGGCAACGCCUUUGUCUGAGUCAACCAUUCCAGUUGUAGCACAACAAGAGAAGCCCCCAGAGCCAGAUAAAUCGAUGCUUGAUUCUUCAGCUGAUGCAGUUUCAGGGUUUAUGUCCUCACUUUUCAAACCGGCAACUGCACCAGUUACUCCGCAGCAGCAACAACAGCCAACACCUUCUAGUGUAGGAGGAGCAUCCCAACCUUCUCAGACGGGGGGAUCUUUAUUGGGUGGUAUUUUUGGAGGAGCCACCAACCAGAACACAAACUCUGGGUCGUUACUUGGAGGUUUAUUUGGUGGGACGGCUCCACAGGCUAAGCCUCAAACUACUGGACCUCCGACUGGUGGUUCUAUACUAGGGGGGAUGUUUGGAGGACCAACUGCCAAACCUGCAGCUCCCCAGGCCGCAGGAUCAAUGCUGGGUGGGCUCUUCGGGGGCUCCUCUGCACAAACACCAACAGCUGCAGCUGGUGGGUCUCUACUGGGCGGAAUGUUCGGAGGGGCGACCGCCCAGACCACAGCGUCCCAGAUUGGAGCAGGCCUUGGAGGAAUUGGUGGAUCCUUAUUUGGGAGCGUUGCCAAAGACCCACAAGGACCAAAACCAGCAGAGACCAAGAUAACACCGGCUGCUGCUCCGCCGACAGAAAAUAAAAGUGAAAGUGUGCCACUCAAAAUUGUUCAAGUUAGUACUGAGGCUCAGGAAAAUAUACCGAAAGAAGUAAGUGAUGUGGUUCCUCCAAGUGUUAAUAGUAAUCUGGCUGAUGCCACUGUGAAAGAAAAGAGUGAUAUCGAAGGGGAGGAGGUAAUGCAUGAGAAGCCUAUUCUGAUUAUUGGUGAGGCUGAAAAUAAAGACUUGGACAUGUCAGCAACACCUGAUAUCCAAAAGGUAGAUACUGGGAAACCUACCGUUGAUCCGGUCCCCCAAAAUCCAGACCCAUCUCAAGCCAAGUCCCUAUUUGGCUUCAUGUCAACACCAGGUGAGGCAGGGAAAUCUUUGGGAUCGCUUUUCUCCUCCACACCAGCACAGACCGCAGCUUCCCCCUCAACGCCCCAGUCAGAUGCAGUCAGUGGUCUGUUCUCAGGGUUUAAAACCUUAUCGGCAGGGAUAUUUCAAGAGGAAAGUCCGGCUGCAGAGAAGCAAGAGCAACCGGCUGCCACCUCCACCUCCUUGUUUGGAGCCAAGAUCUCUUUCCCCUGGCAGACGGAGCCCUCAAAACCCCCUGCUCCCUCCGUCAGUACACCCCAGCCAAGACCUAGUGUCACCACAACAAACGCUCAGUCUGUUCCUACUACUCCUGCUGCCCAGAGGAAGGAACCGGUAGGUAGCCAGGGUGUUAUAGCCCACCCCCAGAUUUGCCUCUCCACUCCUGAAGUAGAUCCUUCAGUGUCCCCCUCCCAAAAGGAGGAGGAAGGUCUUGUAGAAACCCCUUCUUCCGCGGGCCCCACUUCUGGAGUGCAGCUGGACACCCUGUCCAAGACGGAGCUAUUGAGUGCAAAAAGUCCGGUGGAAAGUAGUCGCUUUGGCUCCUCUGGGAACCUGAGCCAGGUGAGCUCCCAGCUCAGUGAGAUGGGCCAGGAGAGCCCGGGAGGAUCCGAGCAGGAGGAGUCCUUCCACUCCUAUCACAGCAACGACCCUCGGCCCACUUCCUCCUCCGCCGGAGGACCGCCACCGGUCAAUGGACUUCCCCACCCCACGAACGGCACCUCCCUGAGGGGGGAGGAGGCCUCCGUGAGGAUCGCCGUCAAGGGAGUGGUUCAGGUCCAGAAGAACGACACUCCCGCUGAGAGACGCUUGGCUAGACUUCAACGUUUCCAUGACGACGGGCCGCCAUUACCCUUCACUCCCUCCAGGGUGCGCUGGUUGAAGGCCAUCAAUAAAGUGAGAGUACAACUCCGAGAGGUCAGCCAUGAAGAGUCUACUGCCAGACAGGCUUGGGCCAAACCAGGUGGAGGAACGGGUCUCUACGGUAUUGACAGCAUGCCAGACCUUCGCAAGAAGAAGCCCAUUCCCUUGGUCAGCGACGUGUCCCUGGUCCAGGCUCGGAAGGCGGGGAUCGCGUCCUCCAUGUCGGCCCGGUCCUCCAUCAAGGACGAGGAGUUGAAGACCCACGUGUACAAGAAGAGCCUGCAGGCCCUCAUCUACCCCAUCUCCUGCACCACGCCGCACAACUUCGAGGUGUGGACGGCCACCACGCCCACCUACUGCUACGACUGCGAGGGCCUGCUGUGGGGCAUCGCGCGCCAGGGCAUGCGCUGCUCCGAGUGCGGGGUCAAGUGCCACGAGAAGUGCCAGGAGUUGCUCAACGCCGACUGCCUCCAGCGCGCGGCUGAGAAGAGCUCGAAGCACGGCGCCGGCGACCGCACCCAGAACAUCAUCAUGGCCAUGAAGGACCGCAUGAAGAUCAGGGAGAGGAACAAGCCCGAGGUGUUCGACGUCAUCAGGGAUGUGUUCGGCGUCAACAAGUCCCUCCACGGCCAGCAGAUGAAGACCAUCAAACAGAGCGUCCUGGACGGCACCUCCAAGUGGUCCGCCAAGAUCACCAUCACUGUUGUUUGUGCCCAGGGUCUCCAGGCCAAGGAUAAGACGGGCUCCAGCGACCCCUACGUCACGGUCCAGGUGGGCAAGACCAAGAAGAGGACCAAGACCAUCUACGGGAACCUCAACCCGGUCUGGGAAGAGAAGAACCACUUCGAGUGCCACAACUCCUCAGACCGGAUCAAAGUGCGUGUGUGGGACGAGGACGAUGACAUCAAGUCCCGCGUGAAGCAGCGUCUGAAGAGGGAGUCUGAUGACUUCCUGGGCCAGAGCAUCAUCGAGGUCCGGACCCUCAGCGGAGAGAUGGACGUCUGGUACAACCUGGAGAAGAGAACGGACAAGUCGGCGGUGUCGGGCGCCAUCCGCCUGCAGAUCAGUGUGGAGAUCAAAGGGGAGGAGAAGGUGGCUCCGUACCACGUCCAGUACACCUGUCUGCACGAGAACCUGUUCCACCACUACACGGACGUGCUGGGCCAGGGGGUGGUCCGCAUCCCCGAGGCCCGUGGGGACGACUCCUGGAGGGUGUACUUUGAGGAGGUGGCCCAGGAGAUCGUGGAUGAGUUUGCCAUGCGCUACGGGAUCGAGUCCAUCUACCAGGCCAUGACGCACUUUGCGUGUCUGUCAUCCAAGUACAUGUGUCCGGGCGUCCCCGCGGUGAUGAGCACCCUGCUGGCCAACAUCAACGCCUUCUACGCCCACACCACCGCCUCCACCAGCGUCACCGCCUCCGACCGCUUUGCCGCCUCCAACUUCGGGAAAGAACGGUUUGUCAAACUCCUGGACCAGCUCCACAACUCUCUGAGAAUAGACCUCUCCACGUACCGGAACCACUUCCCGGCCAGCAGUAAGGACCGCCUCCAGGACCUCAAGUCCACCGUGGAUCUCCUCACCAGCAUCACCUUCUUCAGGAUGAAGGUCCAGGAGCUGCAGUCCCCGCCGCGGGCCAGCCAGGUGGUGCGGGACUGUGUGAAGGCCUGCCUGAACUCCACAUAUGACUACAUCUUCAACAACUGCCAGGAGCUGUACAGCCGACAGUACCAGCCGCUGGACACGACCAGGGAGGAUGUUCCUCCAGAGGAGCCGGGCCCCAGCAUCAAGAACCUGGACUUCUGGCCCAAACUCAUCACCCUCAUCGUGUCCAUCAUCGAGGAGGACCGCAACUCCUACACGCCCGUGCUCAACCAGUUCCCCCAGGAGCUCAACGUGGGGAAGGUCUCCGCUGAGGUCAUGUGGACGCUGUUCGCACAGGACAUGAAGUACGGCAUGGAAGACCAUGAGAAGCACCGUCUGUGUAAGAGCGCAGACUACAUGAACCUGCACUUCAAGGUCAAGUGGCUGUACAACGAGUACGUGAAGGAGCUGCCCAGCGCCGUGCCGGCGGACGUGCCCGAGUACCCAUCGUGGUUCCUGCAGUUUGUGUUGCAGUGGCUGGAGGAGAAUGAAGACGUGUCCAUGGAGUUCAUGCACGGAGCGCUCGAGAGAGACAAGAAGGACGGAUUCCAGCAGACUUCGGAGCACGCGCUCUUCUCCUGCUCCGUGGUGGACAUCUUUACGCAGCUCAACCAGAGCUUCGAGAUCAUCAAGAAGCUGGAGUGUCCGGACCCCGGCGUCAUGGCCCAGUACAGCCUGCGCUUCUCCAAGACGAUUGCCAAAGUUCUCCUGCAGUACAGUGCCAUUCUGACCAAGAGCUUCCCCUCAUACAUAGACCAAGAGAAGAUACCCUGCGUCCUCCUGAACAACGUUCAGCAGCUGAGGAUCCUGCUGGAGAGGAUGUUUGAGUCCAUGGGCGCCAAACAGAUGGACUCAGAGGCCAGCGCCCUCCUAAACGAACUGCAGGUGAAGCUCAACAAUGUCCUGGAUGAACUCAGCACUACAUUUGGAAACAGUUUCCAGGUGCGCAUCAACGACUGCAUGCGUCAGAUGGCGACCCUGCUGUACCAGAUCAAGGGCCCGGUCAGCAGUAAGAACCAGGCGGAGGCCGACCUGGACAACAUGCUCAGACCCCUCAUGGACUUCCUGGACGGAAAGCUGACCCUGUUUGCCACGGUGUGUGAGAAGACGGUGCUGAAGCGCGUGCUAAAGGAGCUCUGGAGGAUCGUGAUGAGCAGCCUGGAGAAGACCAUCGUCCUUCCCAAGGGCCACGACACCUUCGGAGCACAGAUCCUGUUUGCGGCCAAGGAGCUGGGUACCCUGUCCAAACUGAAGGACCACAUGGCCGGAGAGGCCAAGAGCCUGUCUCCCAAGCAGUGCGCCGUCAUGGACAUGGCCCUGGACACCAUAAAGCAAUACUUCCAUGCGGGCGGUAACGGGCUGAAGAAGGCCUUCCUGGAGAAGAGUGCCGAGCUCUCGUCGCUACGCCACGCCCUGUCGCUCUACACUCAGUCCACGGACACGCUCAUCCAGACCUUUGUCACAAGCCAACGCGUUCAAGUACACAAUGGAAAGGGUAUUAGGUUAACUCCCAACGAAAAAAUACAGCCGAGCAGGGGGUCCGGCGUGGACAAGCCCAUCGGGGAGGUCUCGGCCCAGAUCGAGCUCCACACCCACCCGGGCAACGGGGAGCGCAAGAUCACCGUCAAAGUCUUGGGAGCCAAUGAUCUCAAGUGGCAGACUCCUGGGAUGUUCCGGCCCUUUGUGGAGGUGUCUCUCAUAGGUCCUCAUCUCAGCGACAAGAAACGCAAGUUCCAGACCAAGUCCAAGAACAACUGCUGGUCGCCCAAGUUCAACGAGACCUUUAACUUCGUGCUGGGCGGCAAGGAGGGCUGGGAGAGCUACGAGCUGCAGUUGUGCGUGAAGGACUACUGCUUCGGCCGGGCGGACCGCGUGGUGGGCCUGGCGGUGAUGCAGCUCCGGGACCUCGGCGAGAAGACGGGCGGCGCCUGCUGGCUGCCGCUGGGCCAGGGCGUGCGCAUGGACGACACGGGGCAGACCGCCAUGCGCAUCCUGUCCCAGCGCGCCGGCGACGAGGUCGCCAAGGAGUUUGUGCGCCUCAAGUCGGAGACUCGCUCGGCCGAGGAGGGCCGGUGAGGAGGAAGGGGAAGGGAAAGGAUGGAAGGGAAUGACGAAGGAAAGGAAAUGACAGCCAGAGAGGUAGACUCGACGGAGGAGGACGGAGGGGAAAGCGAAUGCUCCCCUUCCACGCCGGUAAAGAUGGCUGACGCAAACCGACUCUGGAGCAGGAGAGGGUCGACUAGGUGAAACGAGUGGUCCGUCUCCAAGACGCUUUGGUUUGAAUCAUGGCUAACACACUCGUAACCUUGGUUUCCCUCGACGCCGGUUGGUCCGCACCUCCACACGCUCCAUCCCUCUCCUCACUUCUCACAGACACAACACACCUGAGCCCCCAUCCUAGAGCGACCUCAGCCUUUCCAGUCGUUCACAGACUCUUCCUCACCCUUCUUUGGCUUUGGAUUCGGUUGUGGGCGCCUCCUGUCCUGUGUUUGCCACGCCCUAAUCACAAGUUCUGCAAUACCCCCCCCCACCCUCGUCCCAUCAUCCCCUCCCCCCACCAACCUCACUCCCCCCACUGUUUACCUGACCUCAGACCUCGUCACCCUCCAUCACCUCUAACCCAAUCCCUUGAUCAUCUGGUCACCUCCACGCACGCCACCAUCACCUUAAUCUUCCCCUGAUAAAUGCCUCCAUCAGUUUCACCCACACCCAUUCAAUUCCACCGUGAUACCCGGGAUCGUCUCCAUCUCUACAAACCAUGCCCGUCACCUUCACCCCAGGACCGUGACUCUCCCCCCAAUCAUCAUAGCCUCCAUCCCCACUCCCACUCCAAACUCCUGUGUUUGAUGCCUUACAUGCUAGAAACUGUGAAAGAGAAUUAGACACGCUCUUGUGUUUGAAACUCUAUCCACUCUAUUUAGCUCCACCGGUUUAGAGGGAGGUUGAUUUUUGAUUUAUUUUUUCCAAGAUUAACUAAUUGUGAAUACUGCUUCAUAAACAGGGGAAUGCUGAAGGGGGACCGGCCGCUUGUCUCAGUAUGAUUGCAUGGAGAGCAGGCGGCCCUAGUUUCUGUAGCGUUGAGUUCUAAAAUCGGUCAAUCACACUGUCUCUAAGCAACCGAAGGGGUGCCACUGAAGAAGACAUAGAUAGUUAUUCACCAGCUAUUUGGGUUGGUACGAAAGCAAACUGUUGAAUCAAAGUAAUAAUCAAAGAGUGAUAAUGUGUGCCUUGAUGUGUGAGGUUUCUAUUUCCACUCAGAGAACCGUCAUUCCAGUUUCCCGUUGCCCUGAUGUUAACUAGCAAGGACAAUCACAGUGCUGAUGUCGUAGUUUCCAUGGUGACCACAAACCUUAGCCUCUUAUCCAUGUCGGUAAAACCAAAUCCUAUAGAGACCACGAAUCUAGACAUUGUUUAUAUGGAUUUAUUAAUAGCCGUACUCUUAACUUCGCUCAUUGAUUCUUAUUUAUUUAUUUUAUAUGUGUAUAUUUAUUUUGUCUGCAGUCGUCUAAAUAUGUUUAAUGCCGGAUUUGCCAUGUUUACUUUUCCGAUUGGUGUAUUUAUAUGUUGGCCAAGUUGAACCUGCAGGAUUCUAGAAUUCUGCAACCAGAGUUCUAGAGCUGAGCUGAGUUCUUUGAACAAGCUGAGUUCCGGGUUCCACUGAAGUGUUCUCUCCUCUGACAAGCUUCCCUUCAUUUAGAAAAUCAAAAUCAAAAGAACUAAAACAUUCAGGGAAAUGUUCAGUCACACUUAACACAAAUUCACAUCAAGUACCGUAAUGUCCCUGAAUGACGAAAGUGCUAACAUAUUAAUAAAAUAUCGGCCUCUUUAUAUAUUUUUUGUAAGAUAAGUAACAUUUUAAUGUAACAUUUCUGUUUUGUUUCACCCACAUGUAAAAGUGGUGUGUGGGAGAUUAGUAUGUGUGUAGAAGGCUUGAAAUUGCGGUUUACACAGCAUUCUACUGCUGUCCUCUCCCUCUCAGUGGCCUUAUUUUGGUAAGAGAGAAAAUGUUGGCAUCUUGUUAACCCUUUUUAAUCUAGUAUUCCUUUUCCGUCCCCGAAACUAUGAUGAUAACAUCCGCACAUGAUUAUGAAUCAAUCAUUCCCCCAAGUGAUGCUCUUUGCCGUUAUUUCAUACUUGUUUUUUAUUUUUAUCAUUGACUCGAUUCUCUUUUUGAAGUCGGUUGAUUCUUGUCGGGUCUUUUUCUUUCGGUUUCAUUUUCUGAAUGUUUUGAUCCCUCGACCCUCGUGAGGACCUCACGACGUCCUCCACUGUGUUUGGAAGUGUGCGAGUGGUUGGUUUUGUGGACAGCUGAUGAUAUACUGUGAUACAAAUGCUGGAUGAACUCUUAUCAAUCAAAAAACUGGACAACCACUGAAACUGACACUGCUGUAACAAAAAACAACUGUUUCCGCACAUUUGAGAAUUUGUUUUUGCACCAAAUGACAACUGCCAAAACACUACACAUGACUUUUGUUUGUUAUGUUACACUUAUGGUUUAUGAAUGUUUGGAGCGGUUGUGUUUCUGGUAUAAAGCCACUCUUUGUAUUACAUGUCCCUUGUGCCAAGUUGUACCAAGUUGUCGAUUUACAGCCGAUUUGUUGUUCUUACCUCUUUAGCCCCUCACACUUCCACUACGUUACUUCAGUAGUUUAUCUGUCAAAGUAUCUUCUUAUUGUUAGCUUUCUUCUUGUUAUUAUUGUGACUUUGUUUUUCAUCACUGUUAUGAGGAUGGUGGUGUUCAUUAAAAAGUUAACAUUCCUAUUAUUGAAUUUUGUAUAAAGUGUCGGAGAAGCA